AUGAUAGCCGUGGUUGUUGGAGGUCAGUCAUCUCAGCUCCAGAACAUCUCUGCACGAAUUCUUCAGGGCAGUGUCGUAGGCCCAUCCAUCUUCAGCUGCUUCAUCAUUGACCUUCUUUCCAACAUAAGGUCAGGGAUGUUGACCGAUGAUUCCACACUGUUCAGCACCAUUCAUGAUUCCUCAGAUACUGUCACAGAGCAUGAACAAGCUCUUCUCUUCAGUGAAGCUGGUGCGACUGGCAUGAAAUGUAAUCACAUAUACAAAGGAUUUGCUGAAUGUUUGUUGAAGUUGGGAGAUAGCCUGGCCAAAAAUAUCGAAGGGGAGGCUGAAGAAGUGAAGGAACUGGACACAGUUUGCCGGUCCUGGGAUGAUUUUCACGCAUGUGCAGACUCGGUUCUGGAAGGUUGCCCUGCAGACACCGCCUCCAUUUGGGAGUCUCUACGGAAGGAGUCAAAAAAGUUACAGUUUGAAGGCAACUUGCAUGAACUGUGCAGCUCAAGAGUGAGACCAUCUGGUACCAUGGAAAAUUCCGAUCGAAGCGAAUCAAACAGAGAGAGCCUGAAAGGUUCCUCCGGGUCACUGUGGUAUGGACUGUCUACCCCCAUCCUGUCCAUCGCUGUGCUGGUGGUCAACAUGUAG